AUGAAAUAUGCUGUUUUGAGGGUUUUCACUACUAGGCAAGCGCCCCGCGAGUCUGUUAUUCAAAGAGUUCACUCAACAGCUCGGUCCGGCGCUGCUACCUACAAUACAUCCUUAUGGAGGUACAAUAAGAAAGGUGCUUUGUCUGUUAAACCAAGCUUGGCUAGUCGCACUUCACUUAACCAUGAGCUACCUAAACGUAGAGCAAGAUGCUUCUUGUUUCACCGGGGAGGGCAAUCCCUAUGUUCAGUUUAUAGAUUCAUGAGUAUAACUAUAGAAGUGUACAGAACAGCAGAGGUGUUACUUGAAAGUGUUUUCGUUUAUAGAGCCAAAAACCUAUGA